AUGAAGCUAGCCAAGACCCAUUUCACGCACCUGGCUUCCCCUGAGCCCGAACGCACGAGGUUUAUUGCCAGGGCCCGGUCUUACCAUGGCGCGACCCUGGGCACGUUGGCACUCGGAGACUGGAAGCCUCGGAAGGACCCCUUCAACUCUAUAGUUCCUCAAACCACGACGCACGUCUCGGCCUGCAGCACCUAUCGCGGGCUACGGCAUGGGGAGACAGAAGAGGCCUAUGUCGAAAGACUUGCCCAGGAGCUGGACGACGAGUUCCAGAGGGUCGGUCCAGAAAAGGUUUGUGCCUUUGUGGCUGAAACAGUUGGAGGAAGUGCGAGUGGGUGCGCAAUUCCGGUUCCCGGCUACUUCAGAGCGAUGAAGGCUGUUUGCCAAAAGUACGGUGCGCUUCUGAUUCUCGACGAGAUCAUGUGCGGUAUGGGGCGCACCGGAUCUCUACAUGCGUGGGAGCAGGAAGGAGUAGCUCCAGACAUCCAGGCCGUGGGAAAAGGCCUGGGCGCUGGAUAUGGUGCCAUCUCGGCUGUUCUGGUUAACUCCGACCUUGUGAACUCGUUCAAGAGGGCUGGAAAGCCCUUUCCACACGGUCAAGUAUACAUGGCCUAUCCACUGGCCGUGGCCGCGGCCCUGAAAACGCAGCAAAUUAUCCGGGAGCACAACCUCGUCAGUAAUGUGGCAAAAAUGGGGAAGUAUCUCGAACAACAGCUCAAAGACCGGAUUCUUCCUCUCCCGUUUGUAGGAGAUGUGCGUGGCCGUGGGCUAUUUUGGGCCGUUGAAUUCGUUUCGGAAAAGACGACAAAAGCUCCUUUCCCUCCCAACCUGGAUGUCAACAACCUGCUCCACGCCAAAGGUUUCCAGCCUGGAUACGAUAUCUCCCUAUUCCAUGCCGGUGGAACAUAUGACGGAUAUGCCGGGGACCACUUCCUGAUCUGUCCUCCCUACAUCGUGACUGAGAGCGAUAUUGAUGAAAUAAUCAACCGCACCAUCCGAGUCAUCGAGGAUACCUUUACGGACCUCAGUCAGACUGCACUAUGGAAGAAGCUUUCAUUGAAGCCUUGGAGAUGUUGA